AUGGUACCCGGAUCCACGCCCGGUCAGCCGUCUACCGCGCUGAAUCGAUCCAUUUCGGCGCCUCCGCAAGCGGACCGCGGCACGCUCCCUCAAUCUCCCCCUCCUUCAGUCACCUCCCCUGCUCAUCGACCGUCACCGCUUGGGCAAUUCUCCUUUGACCCAUACACUCUGCAGAACCCACAAGCCUCCGCCUCCUCUUCAGGCUCGCGUCAGGCUUCCGGCUCCAAGCCUCUGCCUGGAGUAAAGCCUCGCAGGGUACUGGGUAUUCAGCAACGUUUGCAAAAGGAGGUGGAUGGUGUGGUCAAACGGAGGUCUGGUGGUGUCUUAGGAAGAGGCUUCAUCUUAAAGACCGACCAUUACCCCACUGGCCGAGCUCUCGACCUCGAUCUGGAGAUCCAAGGCGCACCGAACUUUCGAGCCCCGGAUGAAGAAGGGUUGAAUGUCUUUGGCGUCGCUCAGCCAACUGUACCAGGCCUCAAGUCGAUCCUGACCAUCCUCGGCUGUCAGCCGGACAAUAUCCUUCCACCACCUGCACCGAGCUCGCGGCGCGCAUCAUCUUCCACGCAGAAGCCAUCGAGCGUCCCUCCUGGUGCUCGAUCACUUGAGAAGGUGCUAUCCCAGCCGGCAUUCCAGAGGAAGGCAUCGAGUACUUUCGCUGUUCAGGAGGAGGGACAGGCGAUUUGGUUUAGCACGAGGGAAGAGACACUCGUCUACUGUAAUGGCAGACCUUACGUCCUGCGCGAUGCCUCCAACCCUUUCCAAUCACUCAACCUUUCCAACCGCGCCGUCAACCUCGAAGACAUCGAGAACCGACUCAAAUCGGAGAUCCUGGAAGAAGCACGGAAGUAUGGCGGGAUGGUGCUCAUCCAUGAUGAGCUGGAGAACGGUCAUCUGGUACCAACAUGGAUGAGCGUGGAUGAGCGGAGUAUCCGGACCCCGAGGGAGGUGUAUGAGCGGGUCAAGGACGAGGGCUGGAGAGUCCAGUACCACCGGAUUCCUAUUACUCCUGAUACUCCGAUCGAGGAUGCAUAUCUUGACGCCUACGUCACAGCGAUCAAGGACGUCGACCCUACGAGUACAUCGCUGGUCUUCAAUUGCGGAAUGGGAGUUGUCCGAACAACCUUCGCGAUGGUCGCCGCAAGUCUGCUUCGGCGCAAACAGCUCCUGAUGAGGGGAUACGAAGACGCCUUCCCCAAGGCAUCGGGACAGUCUGGGCUAGCAACUCCAUCAAGCAUCGUUGGACUACCGGGUGUGCAGCAAUCUCAAGCUAGCCACUUUUUGGAGCAAGCAGCAAUGCAGCAGGUCCUCACCAAGAGCCUCCUCCAGCUCACGCAGGUUCUGGAUAGAAAUCUGCCAUCUCGGCAUGGAACAGCAGUCGAUCUCCUAGCUUCCCAGCCGGCCCUCUUGGAGCAGCUGCGUAAGGCACAUAUGGGCAAUUAUCAGAUCGUUCUUUCGCUCAUCUCGAGUCUGGAUCAUGGGCGCCAGAUGAAGCAGCUGGUAGAUGAGGUCAUUGACAGCUGUGAUGCUGUUACCAAUCUGCGCGAGAAUGUCAUCGAGCACCGCAUCAGAUACAGCGCGGCCUCGCUGGAUGACAAGGCUCGUCAAGCUCUUCUCGGACGGGCUAUACGGUCGCUUGAGCAGUACUUUGACCUCAUCGUCUUCGCCGCCUAUAUCGAGGAGGAAGAGGCAGGCAGUACUGGCGUAGCGUUUGCGACCUGGCUUAUGAAUCGACCCGAGAUCUACAACCAAAUCAAGACGAUGAGACGACAAUCUGGAAAUCGCCUCGCCGCCUUUGCGCCAGUCAAUGAUCUCAGCCAGAUCUCUCGGACAUCUGAGCAUGCCGAAGGUGCCAGCGACCGCCCGCAUGGUCGACCGAGAGAGAUGGAUCUGCAGGGUGGCAAGGUGCUCGGUGAUGAAUGGGCGGAGCAUGUCGUCACAAAUCGGAGCGGGAUCAUGUUGCGGGCAUCGACGCUACUGAAAUCCGAUCUAUGGCUUACUGAUAUCGCACCCUCAUCCGAAGGGGUCCGAGGCGCUGUCGGGUUCCGACAAGUCCCCGGCUCGUCCAUCUUCACUACUGGCCAGCCAACCCAGGAUGCCCUCUCCAUCAUCGUCAAGCAAGUUGCCGAGCGAUGUCCAUCCGUCAACAAGGUGUUUUGGAUCUGUCUCCGAGAAGAACCGCUCGUCAUGAUCAACGGCUCACCGUACUGUUUGCGUCGAGGCAGUAUGGCUCUUCGGCAUAUGCGGGACUAUGCCGGGGUCUCGGCCUCGCGCCUCGAAAUGCUCGAAGACCGCCUCAAGUCGGACGUCAUCAAUGAGAUUGGCCAAUUCCAGGGCAAGGUCCUACUGCAUACGGAAACGUCGAAUGGAGAGGUGGUUCCAGUAUGGGAGAGCGUCGAGGCUGGGGAUGUGGAGAGUAUCAAGGACGUGAUGGAUGGCCUGGCUGGCUCGACGGACGGUUUGGACUUGGUUUCUUUCCGCGUUCCCGUCACCUCGGAAUCAUCGCCCGAUUUCAAUGAUAUUUCCCAACUUCUCGACAUCUGCAUGCGGAGCGGACUCCAAAACACCGCGUUCAUCCUGAACGACCAGCUCGGCCGCGGGCGCAGCUCGACAACGGCCAUCAUGCUCUUGCUAAUGCAGCGAUGGCUCCGGCGCGCGGGACACGAGCACGCCCAUCCGCCCACCCUAUCCAGGGGUCGAUCGACCGCGGGCACGCAGCGGAAAUUGACGGUCGGCGCGGCGGCGAAGCCACACAGGGCGAGUUGGCAGAUUAUCAAUAGCUGUUUGAGGGUGAUUCGGAAUGGUGUGGAAGUGAAGCGGGUUGUGGAUGAGGCAGUGGACGCUGCUGCUGCACACUUUAAUCUGAGGGAUACCAUUCUGGAAUCAAGGAUGAAGGCGGAAGAGGCAGAUGAUCCCGAAAAGAAGGCUUUGUAUCUGGACCAGGGUAUCUAUCACUUACGCCGAUACUACUAUCUCCUCCUGUUCCAAGCGUACCUCGACGAUCGCGCGCCAGACGAAGAGAACCCUUACUCGUUCGAGUCAUGGGUCAAGCACCGGCCUGUCUUCAAGACGCUCGAGACGGAGUUGGAGCAUGGUGGAUUGCAGGGAUUGACGCCUAUUGAUAGGAUGGAGUUGGCGAAUGGGAUGGCGCUGCCAGAUGAGGUUGCGCAGGUGGUUGCGAAUCGAUCUGGAGGGAUCUUGUCUGCUCAGACAAUACUGAAGUCUGACUUCUUCUCCGGACUGCAGAAGCAGAGUCUCCCAGAUCGAGUUGACGGUGCUGCCAACUACCGCAAGAUGCCGCUCACUCCGCCGUUUGAGGAUGAAGAUACCGAAAGCACCGAUCUGCCGCCCGCUGAGCGAUAUGUCUACGGUACCGGUAUGCCAAGCGGGACAGGUCUCAGGAAUGCCUUGGCCAGAAUGGGCGCGGCUCCGGGUGGCGAGAAGCGGAUCGUAUGGACUUCUCUGAGAGAAGAACCUGUCUUGUAUGUCAAGGACAGACCGCACGUGCUCCGCCUGAUUGACAAGCCGCUCAACAAUGUCGAAACUACCGGGGUGACCGCUGCUGUCGUCGAGCGUAUGGAGAACAAUCUGAAAGAGGACGUCCUGCGCGAGCUCCGGGCAGGAGGCAACAAGCUUCUACUGCAUGACGAGAUGGAGACCAAGCCGGGGACGUACGAGAUUGUGCCGAUCUGGGAAACUAUCGAGGAGAAGGAUAUCAUGACUCCUCGAGAGCUAUAUGAGGAGGUUAUCAAGGAGAAGUAUCAGGUGGAUUAUCUGCGUGUGGCUAUUACGGAUGAGCAGGCGCCCUUACCCGCCAGCCUCCAGGUCAUUGUUGACCGUGUUGCGCGGGGACUCUCAAACGAGUCUGACUUUGUGUUCAACUGUCAGAUGGGCCGAGGACGGACUACCACUGGGAUGGUCGCUGCAUCACUGAUCGCCACUGUCGAAGCGGGACGGACAGAGGUCGACACGUCGGAUGAUGUCGAGGAAUCUUGGAGCGAGGCGGACGAUAUGGGCGGAGAAGAAGCACAGUAUCUGAACGGCGAAUAUAAGACCAUCUUGCAGCUAGUCACGGUGCUGAGCCAUGGUAAACAGGCCAAACGUCUGACCGACCGGGCGGUGGAUGAAAUGGAGGGCGUACAGAACUUGAGAAAGGCGGUGUAUGACUUCAAGCUCAAGGUCGAUGCCGCUCCCGCUGGAUCAGCCAAGCUUCGUCCGCUCGUCAGUCAAGCCGUCAACUACUUGUAUCGAUAUGGAACGCUUAUUGUCUUGACGAAUUUCCUGCUCGAGUCAAAGGAGCAAGGAGUGCCGUUGGACCAGACCGAUUUCCCUGCGUGGAUGCAGCAACAUCGAGAGAUUAGGUCGGUGCUUAGUCGCAAGACGCUGGACUAG